CAGCGUUUAUUGUCGUUGGUGCAAGUCUCACCACAGGCGCCAAUCGAGCGCCUGGGGAACUUGAAAAGGUCUCCUGGAAGUGAAGGUCUUCAAUGCGCUUCUCACAAGACCUGCCGGAUCAGCGAGAAUAUAGGCAGGUUUUGGCUCAAGUGAAUUUCUAUAUGGAACAGCACCACACCCAGUACGGGUCUAUCCUCUCAGACGCCGAGCUUGUCGCAGUGAAACGACUGGAUGACAAUGGUCGUUUAGCCGUCGCUACAUCCAUUCCAUGGUCAAGUGGAGGUGUUGGGAGGCUUUCGGUCUUGCUAGGACUGUGGUACCUUGGCAUGCUAGCGGCUGAGAGCAAUAAUUGGUCGCUACACUAGGCUCAUAUUACUUUUCGUGCACAGAGUUUCC